AAAAACAGCUUCAGCUGAGUGGCAACAUUGUUUUGCUCUUCUUAAUGGCCAACUUUUUGGGAAUCAACCGCCUGGGCAGACUGUUCCAGGCAAUACGCGAGGCGGGCGGCUUUAAGCAAGCUUAUCUAAAGCUAUACAGAAAUGACGACCUGAAGACGGGCACGUUAAUUGGCAUAGACAAGUACGGCAACAAGUACUUUGAGAACCCCUACUAUUUCUAUGGCAGAAAUCGCUGGGUCGAGUUCGCACCCCAUGUGAAUAUGGAGUACGAUGGAUCACAAAUACCCGCCGAGUGGUUUGGCUGGAUGCACUACAAGACCGAUUUGCCACCCAUUCGCGAUGGUUGUCGUCCCAAAUACAAAUGGAUUGCGGAUCACAGUGAGAAUCUGUCCGGCACCAAGGAGUCCUAUAUGCCCUACACCACAACGCCUCCCAAAAUCGAAGCUUGGAAUCCAUCGUCGAAGAAAUAGGGAGUUCUGCAGGCCUAAAUAUAAACUCGUUAGCAUAAAAUGGUUAUUAUAUAAAAUAAAGAGAUCCUCAAGGAACACAAGCCGCAGCAUAA